UUAAACGCGACAAAAAGGAGGAAGAAGACGGGGGCGGCAACCCUUUUCAAAACAUCGAGAAAACAAGAGGCUCGUGUCUUCAACGACACGACCGUCAACCCCAGAAGAUGCACUCACAUUCUCACCAAACUUCUCUACCUUUUAAACCAGGGGGAACAACUUGGCACCAAAGAAGCCACAGAUGUGUUUUUUGCAAUGACUAAACUAUUUCAAUCCCGUGAUGUAAUCCUACGCUGGAUGGUUUAUCUAGGAAUUAAAGAAUUGAGCUCAAUUGCCGACGAUGUCAUCAUUGUUACUUCAAGUCUCACUAAAGACAUGACAGGGAAAGAAGAUUUAUACAGAGCGGCCGCCAUUAGGGCCCUUUGCAGUAUUACAGACGCGACAAUGUUGCAAACAAUUGAAAGAUACAUGAAACAGGCGAUUGUGGACAGAAACUCAGCUGUGAGUUCAGCAGCUCUUGUCAGUUCGCUACAUUUGACCAAAUUGGCCCCAGAAGUGGUCAAACGGUGGGUCAACGAGGCCCAAGAGGCCGUCAAUAGCGACAAUAUAAUGGUCCACUACCACGCGUUGGGGCUCUUAUACCACACCCGCAAGACGGACCGCUUGGCCGUGACCAAGCUUGUGGCAAAACUGACUCAAAUUUCGCUAAAAUCGCCCUAUGCUGUGUGUAUGUUGUGUGUUAAUUUUUGUUUCUUUUUACAAAAGAAUCGUCCUUUGGGCUGGAAUAAACUGGAUUUUUGAUU